AUGUAUUUGUUCAAGCAAGUGCUGCGAUGUCGUCAAACAACAGUGAUACUAAUCGCAAUAGCCUCAAGUACACUACGAGCACUUGUCAUUGCAUUAGCAACACAAUCGUGGCACAUGUAUCUGGCGAACGCUAUUGGACUGUUUGCUGCACUCAUUCAACCAGCCGUCGUUUCGUUCAUCGCACAG